AUGUUUGAGAAUCAACGUUCCCUCCACCUCCGUGGAGUUCAAUUGAUCCCCGAUUCAUUCCGCUCUCGCAUCGCUCUUCUCGAUUCAUUUGCCUCUUCUCUGAGCAACAUAAGCAUAGCACCUCCGUGGAGACGAGUCCGAAGCUUCUUUGAGGAUAACUCUGUCGUCGAGCAAUCUAAAGAAAGCUUUGCAAUUAGAAACAAUGUUGUGAUGCCGAUGCCGUUGUUGAAUGAAGAAAAUGAAGACGCUGUAAGCUGCAGAGAUCCUGCUGAAUCGUGGUUGCAGAGAGAGAAGAAUGCGGGAGAUGUUCAAGGUGUACCAGAUGAGAGAAAUUUGGAGCGUGAUUCUUUAACAACGACGACGAGAAAACCAGAGAACUGCAACUCAGUUGAUGCGGUUAUGCCUGAUGAUGGUGCACUUCGGUUGAAGAUAGGAAGGGCUGGGUCUGACCAUUAG